GAAACUGAUGACGUUUAGUACAACGAUAUUCCAAAAUGUCAUCUACACAUGAAUUAAAAGACGUUAUUAAAGACACCUUGGAGAAUCGCGGAGUGUUGGGCCAGAUAAAGGCAAGGAUAAGAGCAGAGGUGUUCAAGUCAUUAGAUGAUCAGAAUGAUUCAAAACCUCCACUCAGUAAUGAGAACAUGAUUAUAAAUGAACUUAUUCGAGAGUAUCUUGAGUUCAACAAGUACAAAUACACAGCCUCUGUGAUGGUUGCAGAAACUGGACAACCAAAACAGCCACUGGACCGAGGUUUUCUGGCAGAGGAAUUAAAUGUAGAGGAGGAUAAAAAUUGUAGUCAAGUGCCCCUUUUAUACAGUCUUGUUGGACAAUAUAUGAACAAAAAUAGAGGGAAAAGCACCAGAUCAGCCAUGCAGAAUAGGGGUCAAAGUUCAAGGUUUCUAGAUGAGUUAGAAAACGACAUGGCUUCAGGAAUGGCAAAUCAUAUAACAGAACCUCUAGUUGUAAAAGGGGGUCGAAAAUGACAGUAACUUUACAUACGACUGACAGAUUUCAUAUAGAAUGCACUGUUACAUGAAUGCAGAUUUAUUCAUGAACUUGAUGAAGUUUUUGAAGAAAUAUGUGAGACAGUCUCCUGGAGGUGCCAAGAUGAACAUAUUAAAUUAAGCUCUGUUAGAUUUAUGUGCUGGUACAGAUGUAGAUUCAUCAUCAUUUUAGUGAAUUGAUAGUCAGAUUUGAUUUUGUUUAAGACUUUGAAGUGUACCCUUACAGAAGAAAAAGGCCUGCUGCGUACUCUUGCUGUGUACAUACAGCGUAUAUGAUGCGUACAUGAUGUGUACUGAAAUCAAGGGCUUUAAAUAGUACGCAGGAUAUACACCGCACAUACACCGAUAGUACGUUUGUAGUACACUUUUGACAUGCAAAUGAGCUCUGCCGCGUACUACUUGCUGCGUACAUGCUGUGGACUACAUAGUACACAGGAUGUACGCUGGAGGAAUUUAGUAUGCGGGAAAUAGUACGCAGCAUGUACGCGGCACAUACACUUUUCACAUGCAAAUGAGCCUGCGGUGUACUACCCCUGCGGCGUACAUGCUGUGUACUCCUGCGGCGUACAUUCUGUGUACUCCUGGCCCGAGUCCUGCGGCGUACAUGCUGUGUACUCCUGCUGCAUACAUGCUGUGUACUCUUGUGGCGAAACUGCUGUGAUAAUGUAAAUUCCUUACCCCACCAACUUUCUUAUGCAAAUGCUGAUCAUUUGGACAGAAAAAAACAGAAAAAAGAUAAGUGACAUGCAUCAAUAAGUAUUUACCCUUACCAAAAUAAUGUAGAUUGAUGUUAUCAAAUAAAUUAGUAUGCUUUUCUUCAUCCACUUUUCAAUGAAAUAAAUCAAUUUUUGUAGCAUGUAAUUUGGUAAACAUCUGAACAAAAUGGAGUAACUGCAUCAAGCGGAAACAACUUUAAUGCAACUAAAUAUAAGUGUUAUACAUUUCAAAGUAUCUGCGGUGUACAUGCAGUGUACUAUUUUCUUGUACAAGUCCCUCCUGCGUACAUGCAGUGUACUCCUUAAAUUUUCAGAGUCUGUGCUGCGUACUUGAAGUGUACUAGUGACCUCCUGCGUACAUGCUGUGUACUCGUCGAAAUAGUACACUGCAUGUACGCGGCAUGCAGUGUAUGUAAAAUGUACUCCUCUGGCGUACUACUGUGUUCGCGGCAUAUACACAGCAAAUACGCAGCAUGUACGCCACAGAGGCUUGCUUCUGUAAGGGUACUUGAGAACAACUGGUUGAUAUUAUAAAUGUAACAGUGACUGUUCUGUGAUUAGAACUACCUGUAGAGCUACACCUUUUCUAAGUUUCAUUGUUAUAGUCGAUAUGAGCCAUGCCUUGAGAAAAUCAUCAUAGUGACUUUGCGAGCAGCAUGGAUCCAGACCAGCCUGCGCAUUGCUUUCAAAGUCUGUUGCAGUUAGAGAAACAGUUAGCGAACAGCAUGGAUCCUGACCAGACUGCACUGAUGCACAGGCUGGUCUGGAUCCAUGCUGGUAGCAAAGCCACUAUGUUGGUUUUCUCAUGGCGCGGCUCAUAUGAUCAAUACAUGUAGAUGUUAGGUAGCGAUUUGUAUUUACAAGAAGUGUACUUAGUCCUGUUUGUUCUAUGUUGCCCAGUAGAUUUAUGAAUCUCUUGGCUGAUGAAUAUCAUUUUAAACAAUAUAUUUGAGAUAGUAUGUAGUAUGUACUCCAUAGUCUAAGCCAAAUGUGUUUUUGUAAAUAUGUUUGUUAUAAUUAUAUCUGAAAUGUUUUUACAUUGUCCAAUUGUUGAUCUGUGAUAAAUAUUACAUAUGUUAACUACUUCAUAUGAGUUAUUCAGUGGCCUGGUGGGUAAUUGGCAGAUUGCUCUGUAAAAGGUUAUGGGUGUUGUGCCAGACUUUAUCUCAAUAUUCUGUUGUUUUUUUCGAAAGAGGCCCUGAUUAGUUUGAAAGCAAAAUACAUUAACUAGUACAUUGAAAAAUUCCCCAAUGAUUGUGAUAAUAUUGAUAAAUUCUGUAUGAACCACGCCAUGAGAAAACAAACAUAGUGCAUUUGUGACCAACAUGAAUCCAGACCAGCCUGUAUGGAGUCUGGUCAGGAUCAAUUCUGUUCGCUUUCAAAGCCUAUUGGAAUUAGAGCAACUGUUAGCGAACAGCAUGGAUCCGCAGGCUGGUCUGGAUCCACACUAUGUUGAUUUUCUCAUGACGCAGCUUAUAAUGCUCUGACAGCUUUUAUUGCAGGUCAUCCUUACCUUCAAAAAAGGAUCAAAAGUGGGUCAUUAGUUAAAAAAAAAAAGCCUUGAAAACACUGAAGGCCAUGUUUUUUUUCUACCUGAUCUGUAUGAAAAUAGGUCUACAGAGGUUAGGUGAGGUUCCAAAAUUGAUCAUCUUUGAUCAAAAAGUAGGUCACUAGAUCAACUAAUAGGAAAAAACCUAAUAUUUUAGAGCCACAUUUUCAAUCUGAUCUAUAUGAACCCUAUGUCAGAGUUGAAACUAGGCCAUCAUGAUAUAUAUUUAAGGAUAAACAGUGAAAUUCAGCUGAGAAACUUACAGCCAUCAAAAUCUUGGUAUGAGUAAUCUAAGACUUACUGAAUGAACUGCAGGGACAAAGAAUGUUCGCCCAUCUCAAGGGAUCGGUUAAUGCCCAAGUCCCGUUUGUUUUAUUCUAGCAUUGAUGUGCUGAAAGCUAAACGAAGGGAACAUUUUGUCAUAUUCAUUCAUUUCUUCUCCGAAAAUUGUUUUAAUGAUGCAUUAUGGGGCCAAAGUAUGCAAGCUUUCUGCCAUGGAUCGCACACAGAAAGAUGCAUUUACAUUACCAUUGAAAAUGAUAAUAACAACAGUUUUAUGCAAGAAUAGUUCAUGUAGGUUAAUAUAAGAAUACAUUUCUUGAUAUUUAUUUUGUAAAUUAUAUAUGAAAGAAGAAAAAAAAUAAAGAAUAAUAUUUAUAA